ACAAUAAAAAUAGUUUUUUUUUACCUGGAAACCAGUAAGUAUUAAAUCUACGACAGAGACAAUGGCGGCUACUGCUAGUGAGGCUAUUAUGAUUGAGCUGGAGAAAGAAGGCUGUGAGUGGAUUCGAAGUGAAAGAUUUGAAAAAAGAAAAGCUGAAGAGGCCAAAAACAGAGAGAAAAACAACCCAAUGAAGUUGUGUGUACUGAAAUUCGAUCAUUUUGAAAACAUCCAUCGAUUGGAUAAAAAACUGCCAGUUUUCGAUGGAGCACCAAAUUUUAGACAGGUUCCUGGCUACCUUGUAUUUGGUACAGGUCAACCUACUAAAGAUGGGUUUCUUCUAACGUUAAAGUAUAUCUCAGAAGCAGUUCAAGCAUCACAUAUUCUUUGGACUAACAUGAGACAGGAGCCCGUGGUUUAUCUUAAUGGACAAUCCUUUACACCCCGUCUUCCUGACAGGAUGAACGAAAAUAUGGAGUUUCCUGGUAUUAGUGGGGAUGAUAUCGAAUGGCUCCAGGAGCAGUUUGUAAAGUCUAUAAAGGAUAAGGUGGAUGAGGUUAAGAAGGACAGAUAUACUCCCGAUGAAGAGAAAGGAUUGAAACGAAAGAAAAAAGUUGGUUUCAACAAUUCACCAAAGGUGAGGUACUACAGGGAUACAUAUGCUGAACAUCCUGAGGAUCGGAAGAAUAUUGAGUACAGUGUACAUCUUGAUAACGAGGAAGAUCUGAUUACACUUGGUGGACUCUACUCAGAUCUCAAGCAGUCUGGGUUCUCAUUGCAAUACGCCAGGAUGCCUAUAAUUGACGAGAAAGCCCCAACAGUUGGAGAUUUUGACGCACUGUUGGAGAUGUUACGAGUAGCAGAUGAUAAUACAGCAUGUGUUUUCAACUGUCAGAUGGGUAAGGGACGAACUACAACUGGAAUGGUGAUUGCUUGCUUGAUUAAAGAUAUCGUGCAUGGGCAUAAUAAGGGGAAGGAGUACAUCUUUAGACAGGUGGAUAGAAAUGAAAUUCCAGACGAGGAAGAAGCUCUGGAAGAAGAACACAGAUUGGGAAACUAUGUUGUAUUGGAUAAGCUGUAUCAGUAUCUUCCAGAAGCCAGAACAGCUAAAGCUCAUCUUGAUCAUAUCCUUGAUCUUUGUGGUGAACCAGCUACAGGUGGUACUGGUCUACAGAACCUACGUGAAUGUAUACAGUGGGCUGAGACAAAGUUUAACUUUGAACCUAAAAAUAAAAAGGCUUUCUGGAGACAAAUGGGACAGAAUUUUAUUGAACGAUACUGUUAUCUUAUUCUGUUCACAGCAUAUCUGCAAGAGAGAGCGCCUAGGGAGUUCGAUAUCAACUUCUCCUUGUGGCUGGACAUUAGAGCAGAGAUGAGAGAAAUAGUUGCUCAAGGAACUAAAUCCUUCAACUGGAACUAAAUUUAUGUGGAACUGUUCACAAUAUUUAUUAGAACAGUCAAUGCCAAUGCUUUAAACUAUGGUUUCGUUUUUUUAUCUGAAAAUUUAAUGAAAUAAAAAUUUUACUUGUGAUUAGGCAGGCAAAAGUGAAAA